UGCGGGCCGCUGUCAGUUCCGGUAAAUGAAGGAAAUUCAAUUUAAACUGCUGUCACAACAUAACAAACAUGACAUCACGGUAUGAUGUAUGGACAUCUUCAUAUGACAGGAUAUAAGCGGAUACGAUCUCGGAAGAAAGCUAACAGUUACAUAAAUGUAACGAUAAAGAUCGAGUGACCCAGCUCCUACUAAGCUGGUUUUCUACCCACAAAGAGCUUGAUUCCGAGAUCCUAACCGUGCACCAGUGACGCGCGUGAUUUGUGAGUUUUGAAGUCAAGUUGUGACCGGGGGUGAGUGCAGCUCAGCCCGGGAGAGGCAGUGCAACGUGCGAGUUUCCCCGCAGCAAGACGUACGAGACACAGGCAGAAACCACAGCAUGGCCGUUCGAAUGAGUGCACCAAGACACCUACUCGUCAUUGCAUUACUUUCGUGCGGAUUUACUCAUGCGGCCGACAGGCUCCCUCUCUCGGCACAGUUGAUCCGUAUGCAGUCACAGAUUGACAUACUGCGGAGGGAUGUGGACCAGUUACUGGGGGAAUUGCACAGGACACACGGACCGGAACCACCUAAUCUAAACCUGGAAGGAGAUGGUAACGUAUAUGCGCACUGCAGGAUGGUUCCCAAUGGCAUCUACGACCCAGACACGUACGAGCCCAUCGUUGGAGACAUCGAUAUGAGGCAAAGGGCAGUUGGCGGCCCAAUGGACGUCGAGGUCUUCCUGUACGGGUUUAUGACUCCGAAGAGCGUACACGCUUUACACGUUCACACUUACGGCGACUUGAGACACGGUUGUGGAUCUGCUGGCAGUCAUUAUAACCCUGGAGGAAACAACCACAGCGCCCCCUACGACAAAGAUAGGCAUAUGGGAGACUGGGGAAACAUCCAAGUAGACGACUUCGGCAUGGUGGAGGAGACGUUUACUGACAAGGUAGCGACACUCGUGGGACCCAACUCUAUCCUAGGACGAACUAUUGUUAUCCACAUUGGGGAGGACGACCUGGGUAAAGGAGGCACGGCAGACAGUAAGAAGACCGGCAACGCUGGAGGGCGCCUUGGCUGCUGCGUGAUUGGCCGUUCGGACGGUUCGGCGUGGAUAGGGUAUUAAACUGGAUAUAAAGAACCCUAUAUUUCUCCUGAUGAAAAUGUUGGGAGCGAUCUUCUUUCAUCACGGCUUUAUAUAAUCAGUGGAGAUUCAAUAUGGGCAUUAGUUGUAAGAGGCUUCUUCAAUACUGUUUUGUACAAAUGUAUUUUGUUUUUUUUUCUUUGGUUUACAAUUUCAUUUCUCGUUCAUUCUUCAUUUUACUUUCAUUCAGACGGCAAAUCUGUCUUUCUUCUGUGAUAAAUUAUGAAUCUUCAAACAUUUUUUUUUAUUUCAAUUAAAGUUUGAGUUCUAAAACGUUUAGAUUUUAGAUAUUCUUUAAAAAAAUCGUAAUUAUAAUAUUUGCGAUAAUAAAUGGUAAUUAAUUAAGACAACUAUACAAGUUCAAAGCGCAUUAAUAUGCAAGUGAUUUGUUAGACCAAAAAAUGAGCUGAAUUAUUUUAGUCAUGAUCGUUCUUUGUCCUAAAGUGAGACAUUUUGUCAACCAAAAUUAAAUGUGUACAUGAACAAAUUA